UUGUCAAAUACACAACUGCUCCGUUCUUGAUUUUUCCUGCUUCAAACUUGAAGUUUUUUUCUGCUAUUUUUCACUGUUUUCAAGAACCAGAAGUAGUACUAGUACUAUCAACAGUAUUUCAUCAGAAAGUUAAAAGAAUGUAUGCAUCAGAAAGUUUGUCUUUUGAUCCUACUUCUGAUCAGCAAGAUGAAAAGGGUUUUCUUCAAAAUCAUAUUGCAACAACUUGUGUUACUAACUUUCCCAUGAGAUCAAUGGAACUCCAGCAGCAGCAGUUGAACCUUGAAAUGAGAAAGUUUCAUUCUAGUGAAAACAAUUUGAAUAUGCAAUUAGAAUUUGGGCAUGAGCCUAAUAACACAAGGUUUCAUCCAAAUUGGGAAGAAGUUGGUUUUAAUCCUUACAAUAAUCAACAACUUAGUUACCCCAUUUCUAAUACAUCAAAUUUCUUGACUAGUACUCCAUCAUCAUCAUCACUAGGCCUUUUGGGUGGGUUUCAUCAAAGAACAGAAUUAGCAUCAACUUCAACUAAUCUUUUUUAUGAACCCCCACAAUUGAAUAUGCCUCUAAAUCGUUGUACCCCACAAUCUAGUUUAUUCAAAGAGUUGUUUCAUCUUUCCCCACAUGGGUCCUCUUAUGGCUUAGGAAGCUCCGGGACGGGUUCUUUGUUUAGCCAUGGUCAUGAUCAGGAAGAGGUAACUGGUAGUUUGUACCAUGAUGGGAGUUUUCAUGAAUUUAGUGGAGAUAUGAUGAUCAAUUCUGCAGCUAUUAAAAAGAGGGAAUUAGGUAAAGAUAUCAAACAUCAUGCCUCUGAGAAACAAAGGAGAGUUCAAUUUAGUGACAAGUUCCAAGCAUUGAGGACUUUAAUCCCAAAUCCCUCAAAGAAUGAUAGAGCAUCAAUUAUCGCGGAUGCUAUUGGCUACAUCAAUGAGCUGAAAAUGAGAGUAAAUGAGCUAAGGAAUCAAGUAGAUUUAAAGAAAGAGCAAAUGAAAAGGCAAAGAUCAACAGUAGAAGAAGAUGGUGCAGUGAUCAUGGAGGGUGAGGAUAAUGAUCAUCAAGUGAUGAUGAACAAAUCUAUUAAUUGUCAUCAUCAAAGAAAAUCUUCCAAGAAUAGUAUUACUGAAGUUGAUGUGAGAGUUAUGGAAGAUGAAGUAAUUAUUAAACUUGUCCAACACAAGGAAAUGAUCAAGAGAAUGAAUUGCCUUGUGUUUGUAUUAAAAGCAUUUGAUGAGCUUCAGCUGGAUCUCCAACAUGUUGCUGGUGGUUUGAUUGGAGAUCACUAUAGCUACCUCUUCAACUCCAAGAUUUGUGAAGGUUGUACAGUGUAUGCAAGUGUAGUAGCUAACAAGGUUAUUGAAGUUUUGGACAAGGAACAUGCAGACAUUAAUUAAGUUGGAGUCUUUGGUCUUGAAAUAUAGACUUCCUUUAAUUUAUAAUUUCUACUUUUGUAAUACAAUGAAAGGUAUAACAAUAUUUCUCUGAUUUGUUGAAAACUAAUUCGACUACAAUAUGACAAUUUUAUUUAGUGA